UCAACAAUUCUACAGCUAUUACGAUAAUGACAAAUAGAGAUUAAACGAGAAAAGACUCAUUAUAGUCGAAUGUUGACCGUCGAUUGAUCGUUUUGUUUUUUUGCAUAAGUAACAUUUUAGUUAAAUAAUGGAGUGGUGGUUGAAUUCUUUCUUGGACAUAUUUCCUUUACCAAUUCUUAUUGGAAUGUUCAUAUGGACUUUUUCAAUGUGUCUUUUUUCUCUUUUUUUACUUUUCAUUUUUAUUUUAUUUGAUAAACGGUUUGUUUGAUUUAAAUCUCAAUAAAAUAAAUAUUUUUAUUUUAUUUAUUUAUUUAUUUAUUUAUAGUUCAUUACCAUUAGCUGAAUUAGUUUCAGUUAAAGAAUUUUCAAAUAUUGAAACAAAUCGAAAAAGUCGAUUUAGUUGUGAUAGUUUAUCAUUAAUGUCAUGUGAAACAACAAAAAAUGAUAUUGAACAAACAAUAAGUUCAUUUUAUUUAAGAAAUAGUUAUUUUUUAAAUGAAAAUGAUAAAAUAAAUUCAUUACCAUCAAUUAAAUUAUGUCCAAUUAUAAAUGAAAAUCGACAAAUAAAUACAUUACCACAAUUAUCAACACGUCGAUCAAUAAUAAGAGAUUUAACUUCAGUUUCAAAUUCAUUUAAUGACAAUAAAAUUCAUCAAUCAGUUGAUUCACUUUUUUCAAAAGAUUCACUUAUUGAAUAA